GCAACACGCCUCCAACUGACCUAUUUUCGUAGCGUCCUCUAUAAACAAACGACUGAUUCAUCGAUUUUCUGUUCGGCAAAUAAAACGAAAAUUUGUAACACAAUAAUACAAGCUCUGCACUUUGGUUGUGGAUCGGUCACAAAAGAAAGUGUAAUAUAUACUACAAGGUUAAGCUGUGUUAAGAAAAUAAAAUUUCAAGAUGGUUGACUUCCACAUUUCGUUCAACGUUGCUAUGGUUAUUGCGGCUGUGCUGGGAGAGCUUGUUAGCUUCUUCUUCUACAACCAUCAUUCGUCUUGGGGAAGGAGUAUAGGGGAACGCUACUUGCUCUCAGCCAUCGUCUGCCAAGCUAUUCUUGUCGUGAUACUGAAAUGGAUCAUGGGGCAAUACUUCACCAUUAAAAACUGGGAGGAUGCCGCCAUCUUGGCUUUCUGGUUGAGCCUCAUCUUCUUCGCCCUCGAGGCCCCGCAUGUGGUCCACGAUCAUAGAAGCUUGUCGUACUUUCUCGGACACUGGCUUCACAAAUUCUGCGUUCUUUUUGUGAUGAUCUUCGCUUUGUUUUAUUUCCGUCAUUAUUAGAUAGCGCUAAGAACGUUGGUUAUUAGUGACGUGUAUUUACUGACUCCUUCACGGGCAUGAUUUUAGCUUUAGCAUGAUAGUGACAAUUCAUAGGAAGGUAGAUGUUUGUAAAUUUAAAAUAUAUACCUAUUUUGUUGUUUUAGCAUAGUUUUAUCUCUGAUACAAACAUUGAGAGAUCGUGAAAAACAAGAUGACAGACAUGCUGGAUAAGACAUCUUAUACUUUGAUAAAUUAGUGUUGAAAGAAGUGAAAUACGACAUGUACAGACUUGUUUCUUUAGUGUUACAUUAUGAAAAUAUAUGGCUAUUGUACAAAGUCUUCUACGAGGAAAUCCAAAUUUAUUUAACUGUCCGUAAGUCAAUCUCAGGAAUUUAACUGUUAACUGUUUUAUGUUGUAUGUUAUUCUAGUAAUCACUUUUGCUUGGUGACAGAUGUUGUUUGUUACAUGAGAAAAAAAAUGACAUAGUUUGAAUGUUGUGUUGAUCAUCUUAUUAAAUAUUCCAAAUCUCCUGUA